GGGUCUGCGCAUGCGCGCGGGGCCACGGCGACUACGCCGACACUACCACCUCCUACGCGCCGUCUUCCGCCACUGUUACCCUAGCUCUCCACCCUUCCAUCCCGCGGCGCCCGAGUGGUCAUGGCCGAUCCUCGCGUGAGGCAGAUCAAGAUCAAAACCGGCGUGGUGAAGCGAUUGGUCAAAGAAAAAGUGAUGUAUGAGAAAGAAGCAAAACAACAAGAAGAAAAGAUCGAAAAAAUGAAAGCUGAAGAUGGUGAAAAUUAUGCCAUCAAAAAGCAGAUUUACAGGAAGUUGCAGUUAGUGUUCAGGGAGGUCACACAUACCCCUCACUAUUCCUCCUACAAUGUUAGUAUCUUCUAUAAUUAUAAUUAUAAUAUCCGGACCAUGAAAUUGACAUUGCAUUUAGCCAUCACCUACAUGAGAGAUGUAUAG